GAGUGAACAUGUGAUCAGAGACACAAACAUGGCGUCGCCCGCAGUGGCAGCAGCAGCAGUCCGCUUCUGUCGGGGCUCAGGGCGGGCGCUCCCCCUCCUCUCUUCCCGACACAAGCGCUUCAUGAGCCCGCUGCAGAGGAGGGCGUAUGUGGUCACUACCACCAGGAACGAUGCAAAGUUCAAACUAGAUGAGAAGACUGCUCACAGCAGUCUGGAUCUCUUCAAGAGGGACACGGGAGUGAUCUACCGAGUCCUGGGACUGGACCCGUCUCAGGUGCAGAACAACCCCGAGCGCUUCCGAGACUGGGCUGUGGUUUUCGGAGACGAGAAGAUCCGCAGCGGGAGACAUUACUGGGAGGUCACCGUCAAGAAGUCCCAUGAAUUUCGUAUUGGAGUUGCAGAAGCUUUGAUGUCUCGAGAUGAGUGUGUGGGCACCAACAGUUCUUCUUGGGUUUACGGAUAUGCCCAGAGGAAGUGGUUUGCCAUGUUGAACAAUAAAACGGUUCCUGUGACACUGGUAGGAAAGCCGGACCGCGUGGGAGUUCUGCUCGAUUAUGAAGGUGGAGUGCUAGCGCUGGUAGACGUAGAAAAAGGCAGCAUCAUUCAUAGCAUCAGAGCCAAAUUUCAGGGUGAUAUUUGCCCCGCUUUUGGACUUUGGGAUGGGGAGAUUGUGACACACAGUGGCCUGGAGGAGCCAGCAGGCCUCAAGUGAAGACGCUUGAGCAGUGGAGCUUAACUGUUCAAAACUCUAGAGGUGGGAAGUAUGUUGAAAAAUAGGCAAUAUCAAGAUUGUUGUUUUUGAGAGAUGCCAAAUUACAAGUAAUCAAGUAAUAUCAAUAAUAAUAAUAAAAAAAACUCUUACACACCAUGAAAAUGUUAUUCUUUGAUUGAAAUGUUUUUUUCAUCAUGAGUUAUUGCUCAAAAAUACCUUGAAAGCCAUGCAUUCUCACCUUGAGCCUCUCAACAGAUCUGACAUGUAACUAGACCUGGUGGAGUCCCCUGCUUGUCUCUGUGGAAAUAGAUACAUUUGAUACUAAACUGUGGAACAUUUCUGCCAAAGCUAUAUUUUCCCAUGAUGACAAGCAGGUGGUGGGCCCUCUCUUAGGAAAGUUGCGCAACAAUGUUGCACACUCUUCUAAAACAAAGAUAUAAGGUGAGAUUCCUGCAUCUGAGGCAUUGAAGCUUUGCUAUAAUAUCAUCUGAAUAUUGCCAUAGGAAUUUAAAUAAAUUAUUUUCUUUUCAAUAUCUCCCACCUCUAUGUUAUUGUGGCUUUAUCAUAAUGAGGUAAAAGAUGACUAAGGGUCACAGGUCAUUUUGAACACCAUCAGUAAUAUUAAUACCACUUUCAUACUGCACGGGUGCUUAUGUGUUUUUCAUGUAUUACUUUUUAUUGACUGAAGUGUAGGGUGUUCUGCAGAUAUGAGUUGCCAAGUUUGAGCAUUAUGAGUGCUUUCAUGUUGUGCCAUUGUUUGUAUUAUGAAGACAUGAACCUCACACAUGCGUUAUGACGAAGAAUAAAAUAAUGUAACAGAA